CUUCUACGCUCAUCUCUUACACCACCACCGCCACCCUCCACUUUCCCUCGCCCUUCUCGCCUGGGAGCUGUAAGUCAGAUUAAUAAAUUUCCAUGGAUGUUCGUCGGAGACAAGCCAAGAUGCCUCAGUCUGUCAAAAUUGGCGCCGGCGACUCACCUAUGAAACCCAACAACCCCAAGCCCUCCGAUGCCCUUCCUCUACCUCUUUCUCUCACAAACGGACUCUUCUUCACCAUGUUUUUCUCUGUCAUGUACUUCCUCCUCACACGGUGGCGUGAAAAGAUCCGUAACUCCACUCCUCUCCACGUUGUUACGUUAUCCGAAUUAGCCGCCUCGGUUUCUUUAUUGGCCUCUAUCAUUUACCUCAUAGGAUUUUUCGGCAUAGACUUUGUUCAGUCUGUCAUUUACAGAUCAAACGAGGAUGCAUGGGAUGUGGAAGAGGAAGAAAAUGAGAAAUUCAUUAUCGAGGAAGACAGUCGCAUGGGGGCAUCCCCGGCCACAACACUCGGUUGUGCCGUCCCGGUUAUCCCUUUGAUCCCACAGCAACCAACCAAGGUUCCGGUGACAGAAAAGCCAGCACCUAUAAUUACACCGCAGUCAUCAGAGGAGGAUGAGCAGAUUGUAAACUCUGUAGUGGAAGGGAAGGUUCCAUCAUACUCUUUGGAAUCAAAGCUUGGAGACUGCAAAAGGGCAGCUUCAAUUCGUAGAGAGGCAUUGCAGAGAAUUACUGGGAAAUCUCUGGAGGGACUGCCUCUUGAGGGAUUCGACUACGAGUCGAUUCUCGGGCAGUGCUGUGAGAUGCCAGUGGGGUACGUGCAGAUUCCGGUAGGGAUAGCUGGGCCUUUAUUGCUCAACGGCACGGAGUUCAUGGUGCCGAUGGCCACGACGGAGGGGUGUUUGGUGGCUAGUACCAAUAGGGGCUGCAAGGCCAUCUAUGCAUCAGGCGGCGCCACCGGCACUUUGUUGAAAGAUGGGAUGACUAGAGCUCCGGUGGUUAGGUUCGAAACCGCCAAGAGGGCCGCCGAGUUGAAGUUGUACUUGGAGAAUCCGGUGAAUUAUGAGACCAUCUCUGUUGUCUUCAACAAAUCAAGCAGAUUUGCUAAGCUACAAGGGAUUCAUUGUGCAAUAGCAGGGAAGAACUUGUACAUUAGAUUUAACAGCAGCACUGGUGAUGCAAUGGGGAUGAACAUGGUUUCCAAGGGAGUGCAAAAUGUUCUUGAUUUUCUUGGGAAUGAUUUUCCUGAUAUGGAUGUUAUUGGCAUAUCUGGAAACUUUUGCUCGGACAAAAAGCCAGCAGCAGUGAACUGGAUCGAAGGGCGUGGCAAGUCAGUCGUCUGCGAGGCAAUUAUAAAGGAGGAGAUUGUGAAAAAGGUUUUGAAGACCAAUGUUGCUGCAUUAGUAGAACUCAACAUGCUCAAAAACCUUACUGGUUCAGCCAUUGCUGGAGCCCUUGGUGGGUUCAACGCACAUGCUAGUAACAUUGUAUCAGCAGUAUACAUAGCAACCGGCCAGGAUCCGGCACAAAACAUUGAGAGCUCUCACUGCAUCACAAUGAUGGAGGCGGUAAAUGACGGAAAAGACCUUCAUAUUUCAGUCACCAUGCCUUCCAUUGAGGUGGGCACAGUUGGAGGUGGAACUCAACUUUCAUCCCAAUCAGCUUGCUUGAAUUUACUAGGAGUAAAGGGUGCAAGCAAAGAGUCGGCAGGGGCAAAUGCGAGGCUAUUGGCAACAAUUGUAGCUGGUUCUGUUCUUGCUGGGGAACUAUCAUUAAUGUCUGCUAUUGCAGCUGGACAACUUGUAAAGAGUCACAUGAAAUACAAUAGAUCUAGCAAGGAUGUUACCAAGAUUUCCUCCUAAGGGAUGACCCACAAUUAGAUGUACAACAAUGUAGUUUCCCAUAAAUCAAACUUAUAAAUUGGGUAAAACAAUGCAAGUCGAAUAAAUUCUAGAUAAAAAGUGUUGAAAUUAAGGAAUAAGAAACCAGGCGAAGGAGGGGCAGCACAGAGGAGAAGUGAUGACAAGAACAAGCCAAGAAAAUAAAGAGUCACUACAAAAUUAGUUUCUUGUGCUCCAUAUACCAUUUCCAAAAUCGAUAUAUUGGUAACUUUUGGUUGCCCCUUGUUUUCUGUAAACCUUUACAUUUGUAAUGUGUUAUUAGUUUGUUCCCUUUGUAUCUAAUAUAUGUAUCAUUUCGUCACUCAGAAUGAUAUGUAUUGAUUUGUUCAAAACGCCAUUGUAUUUGUGUUCCAAACUCAAAUUAUUGUUCUGAAAGUCCAAUUGUAUUGUA